CAGGCAGUGUGAGUGGAUCAGGUGAUUCUGUGUCUUGGUUCCCAUGGGCAGUGUCCUGGCCUUGUCGUCUCGCCCUGGGCGUCAGAACUCCCCGUUUCCUCUGGACAGACCCUUCUCCAGGUGGGAGAGGAGAGAUGGACGGCUCCCCAACCCCGGGAGCUUUGAUGCCUUACAUCGCAGCUGCAAAGAUGUAUUUCCACAGCAAAUUGAAGGUGUUAAAUUGAUUGUCAACAAAACUCUUAGUAGCUUUUUUAAGGUCAAUCACACAUUCCACCUUAGUGCAGUUGCGCCAUCGUCCUAUCGUUUCCAUGUAGAAUACCUACAAACAGACGGUGACUGUAAAGAAAAGGACAGCCCAAUGCUUAUAGGUGACAUGGAUUCAUCGGGUAGCCUAAAUGCUCACUCACUAUUACACCUGAGUGACAGAAUAAGGGCCAAAGCUGUGUUUCAGACCCAACAGUCCCAGUUUGUCACGUGGCAGUUUGAGACUGAAUACAGAGGGAAAGAUUUUACGGCUGCCGUCACCAUGGCUAAUCCAGAUAUCUUAAGAGAGUCAGUUAUCAUGGUGGCACACUUCCUCCAGAGUGUGUCCUCUCAGCUGGUCCUGGGGGGUGAGCUGGUGUACCACCGCGGGAGGGCAGAGGAAGGGGGCAUCCUCACUCUGGCUGGACAAUAUUCAGGAUCCAACUGGGUGGCCACACUGAAUGCUGGGGAGGGGGGUGCUCAUGCCAGUUACUACCACAGAGCAAAUAAACAGAUACAAGUGGGGGUGGAGUUUGAGGCCAGCACUAGAACACAGGAGACGACGUUCUCAUUUGGCUACCAGAUGGAACUGCCGGAGGCUAACAUGGUCUUCAGAGGUAUGUUGGACAGCCGGUGCAUCAUCGGUGGCGUUCUGGAGAAGCGGUUGUACCCGCUACCUGCCACUCUCAUCAUGGGCGCCUUUGUCAAUCACCGCGGCGACAAGCUUCAGGUCGGUCUGGGAGUGAACGUUGGCUAAACACUAAACGCUGGCUUCGAGACUUAUCUACUACUCCCCCAUCACACACACUCCAAUCGACAGAUCAGAUCAGUGGACCUCCUGUAUGCAAACAAAUCCGUUGAGAUCCUGGGCACGUCUUGGCGUCCGGCCAGGGUGGCAACGCCAAAGCAUUGAACAAUGGGGAAUUAUCUGAACGACUGGAGCCAUACUCGCUGUAUACAUACAUACAAACAUACAUACACACAUACACAUACGCACAUACAGUAUUUAUGUUUAAAUCCAAAGGUGGCUCAGUGACCCGUGAGUUGAGCCAAGGUCCAAACUCAGGGUGCAGUGUCCAACACUAGGAUACAGUACAUGCAGUAUGGGGAGGUGUGCUACUGCUUUGCUAAAAAAAAAGUAUGAUGUGUGCGCACAUUCCAAAAAAAACAACUAUAUAUGUGUUGAAUAUAGUACAAAUCAUGAAGGGAAGGAAGAAGUGUCAUUGUGCCAAGUUCGACCAAACAAAUCACAGCAAUUGCCGCCGAGUAGGCCUAUGCAUCUGUCCAAAUGGACCAUGGAUAAAAGAAGAACAUUCUACUACGGUGUGCAGAUGUUUCUUUCUUCCCUUCAUAAGGUGUCCUUUGCUGCCAUUACAUUUGGACAGAUAUCACAAAGACUUGGAAGAGGUUAGUGCCGUAACCUAGAUGCAUCGGAGUCACAGAGUGGGUUUAUGACCCUGUUCAAAUACAGGCACAGUACUGUAAUGGAUUAAGACACUAUGAGAUGAGUUCAUUUAUUUCAAUUGGUAGUUAAAUGGAAAAGCAGGAUGAUGCAGGGAUGAUAUCAUCAUGUAUUCCUUAUACUGUAAACUUUGUGGUAAUAUGAAAUUAAUGAACUUUUCCAUGGGCCUUGAACUUUUUGAGCUGUCCCUGUAAUAUCCCGUGUCCAAAGGAAAGAGGAGGUGCGGGAAGGCUCUGAAUUUCCUCAUUCAUUUCUAAAAUUGAACAACAACAUAACCCCUUGCAUUUCCCCAUACCAGAAAUUAAAGAAUUUAAACACUGCCCAGAAAAAAAAAUAUAGCAACAAUAAGCAAUAUUUCAAAGGGUUGAGUAUGUGUAAGAAAAAUGUUGUAUAUAGAGUUUAGAUCGAAAGAAAUAAAUAAUAUAUUAUUAAUAAUUAAAGUACACAUCCCCUCGCUAUGAGGAAGUUAAAGGACAAGUGCACUAUUUUGAACAUUAAGCCCAUUUUCUGAGUUGUCUACGAUGUUUUAGAGUCCCCCUCACCAUUUAUUUGAUGUUUGCUGCUCUCUCUGUUAUUUGGCUUAUUUGGAUUUUGUCUCAACUGGCUUUAGAAUGACCGUCUAUGUUCAUAUCUAAUGUGCCAUUCACCAAGUGUUCAGGGGUAUUCACUGGUAUUCCAUAACAAUUUUGGUUGUGAAACAUGGCUUCUGUUGUGGUUUAUGUAGCAUUUUGUAAAUACAUGUUUUUCUUUCAUUCACAAAAUGCCAAAUAAAACAUAACAUAAGACUGACUUUGCUUUUAAACUUGUUAGCGAAUGCCAAUGAACGCCCCUAGCUACUUGCACAUCCUUCUGGGCCCAGUAUUACCCUGGCAGGUUGUAUGGGGGCCCCAAUCGGUGUUUUACCCUGGGACCCUGUGUGCAAUUGUUCCGCCACUUGUCUUACAUACUACUACUCCCACUUAUUUCUGUGUUUUAUGGCAGCUUUGGUCUUCAAGCGAUGGAUAGUGUAUGGCUUUGAGGGAUUCACACAGGAAUUUCAAUGUUCAUAAUAUUGAUAAAAAUGUAUUGAGUUAAGAGUGUUUGCUCUGAAACUGUGCCAUGACCAUGGCACACGAGCACAGAGAGCCAUGCAUCUGUGACUGACAUGUCAAAUUAUAUGUAUUAUCAUUGUUGUCACAGAAACUGAAAUAUUUUUGUGAUAUAUGAUUAUGAACAAUAUGGAAUAUGCACUGAUUAUUAUUGUGUUACAGAAAUGUGCUUUUUAAUUGAAUAAUUUAUUAACUUCCUUUUACAGUGUGGCUGGAUGUUUUAGCAUAUCUGCUGAUACAUUUGGUUACAUGAAUGGAUUACUUGAAUCUGAUGUGAAAAAUACAGUAUGUUGAACUAAUUUAUUUUAA